CGUGCAGACGAGAAAAGUGGGAAGAACCUUCUGGACUCGACCAGAGUGUUUACCAGCCAGGAAGCGUCCGAGAAAAAGGCGACGGAAGCACCACGCUCUCCGCCACCUAAGGUGAUCGGUCCCGCAAGAUAUCCCGAGGUGUCCCACCCUCUGCUGUGCACGGUGUCUUCCCUGGCUGUCGAAGAACUGCGUUAUCCGCACCAGUACUGCUCGCACAUCAUCUACACGCACGCCGAGUACAACUUCGCCAAGAAGAGCUUUGUGGCGCCGAUGUCGUCGCUGAGCUUCUCGACCUUUCUGCGGAGCCUGCACAAGCGGUCCAAAGGGACCAGGGGGCCCCGCUACCUCGUGUCUCUGUCUCAGGCCUUCGUGGAGCGGAACCUGACGGAAAUGAACGAUCCUCACACCCCGGGCGCCAUGCUCGCCUGGAUCGUGGAACACGAGCUGUCCGGGAUGGCCUUCAUGGAGCACGUGAUCGUGCCGGAAAACGUGCACUUCUAUACUAGCUUCAGCUGGGCCUUCAAGACUGCGCAGCCAAAGAGUUGGGAAAUGAUUAUCGGAUUUUCUUCUCCGGAUCUGGCUGUUCUCAAGUCCAAGCUCGGGCGGCUCUCAAAUUUGGUGGACUACAUUGUGCUGGAGACGCACGUGAAACAGUUCCCGGACAGCUGUAUCGCCAUGUUUCCGACGGCCUUCAAUGAGUCCCGUAACCCGAAGGUCCUCCAGUUGACGAAGAACCUUUUCCCGAGGGGUGCUCUGACGUUCAUGCCUCAUCUCCCGUCGGGCAAGGGCAAGGCAAAGACGUGCGUGUCCAUCCUGAUGGCGGUCUUCAUGUACGUCGUGCCCCAGGGACUUCUGCACGCGCCUUCUCAGGACUGCAUAGACUUCUCCUGGUGCACCUACUCGGAAGUUUGCCACGAAAAGCCGGCGUUCAGGUACUACGAAUGGGCGGAAGCUGUGGUCGAGUCCAUUCAGUCCCGGAUGUACAUGUUUGAUGACGAGACUACCGUCGUCAACAAAGUGAGGAAAGUGCAGCAACUGAGUCCCAAGACUUGCAUCUCCCUGUACCGCGCCGACUUGGACGACUACUCCGGCACCUGCAACCGGGGAACCCCGUUCCUGAGGGUGGCGGCGGUGCGCAGAGCGCUCGACGGCCAAAGGGCCUGAAUCCUCUUCGGCUGUCGCCAACCGGUGGCGUUCGUCACCGCCAAUUAUGUCAUGUCAAUCGUCUCCGCUGCCAAUGUGUUGUACACGAAGGAAUGAAGCAGUCCCACCCACCA